ACUUGAAGAUGGAAAAUCGCAUGUCGCCGUAUCAGGUUAAUGAGAAAUCACGGGAUUUAACUGGCAGUGUACUGCAUGCGUCACCAGAUGUAACAACGUCGGAAGAUGAAUUGUUUUCACAGUCUAGUGUCAAAGAUGACCCGGUGUUACCGUCGGAAGCGUCAUCUGGCAAAACAACACAAAAUCUGUACACGUGCAAAGUGUGCGAUAAACCCUUUCAAUUUAGGUCAAAACUUGAGCGUCAUCAGGCAAUUCACGACAAUAUCAAAAAGCAUCAAUGCAAAUUCUGUGACGCGAAAUUCAACGAUCCCUCGGCUGUGAGGAGGCACCAGAAGCUACAACAUUCCGAUGAAGAAACAAUGCGCAGCUUCCGAAAACAUGUAUGCCCCUUGUGCGGAAAACGUUUCUUAUUCGCUACUGAUAUCCCCAACCAUUUGGUUGUGCACACAAAUGAGAAAGAUUUUGUGUGCGAAGUGUGUGGAGCAACGUUUACGGUGCUGUCUACUCUGAUGCGUCAUAAACGUGCCUUUCAUGAAGAGUCCGGCAAAGGAAAGCUUGAAAACAAUUUCGAAGCGAUGGCGAAAGAAACCGGGCAAGAACAAGACUCGGAACCAACUGUUGAUUGCUCUGAUCAACUUU